CCCCGGCCGUCACUCGCUGUCCGACGCGGGGGCAUCCCGGCCGGGCGGCUCUCUCCGGACCCGCCGCCCCUUUCCCCUCCCUGCGCGGUGCCGGGGGCGGGGGCCGGGCUUCCCGAAAGGCCGGAGGGAGAGCGAGGGGGCCGCGGGGCCCAGCUCCCCGUGCCCCCGCCGCUCGGCUGUCGCUUUAAGCCCUGGUCCCUGGGUUUCCUGCCGGCGCUCCUCCUCCGCGGGCUCCCCUGGGUCCCCUCGGUGGCCAGAGCCUCCCAGGCCCCGGCUGCUCACAUCCUGCGCCGCGCCAGACGCAGGCUGGACGUGCCCGGCGCCGGGCGCUCGCUCCGCAGCGCCCGCCCGUGCUGCAGAGAGACGCGAAGCUCCCUAGAAGAUGGGCGACUGGGGUUUCCUGGAGAAGCUGCUGGACCAAGUCCAGGAGCACUCGACCGUGAUCGGGAAGAUCUGGCUGACCGUGCUCUUCAUCUUCCGCAUCCUCAUCCUGGGCUUGGCCGGGGAGUCCGUGUGGGGGGACGAGCAGUCCGAUUUCGUGUGCAACACCAAACAGCCGGGCUGCACCAAUGUCUGCUAUGAUAAAGCCUUCCCCAUCUCCCACAUCCGCUACUGGGUGCUCCAGUUUCUCUUUGUCAGCACUCCCACCUUGAUUUACCUUGGCCACGUUGUCUAUCUCUCCCGUCAGGAGGAGAAACUGAAGCAGCAAGAAAGUGAGCUUCGGGCCAUCCAUAGCAAGGACCCCAAGAUAGAGCAGGCCCUGGCAGUGGUGGAGAAGAAGAUGUCCAAGAUCUACGUGACAGAGGAUGGGCGGCUCAAGAUCCGAGGGGCCCUGAUGUGGACGUACAUCAUUAGCGUGAUCUGCAAGAGCAUCUUCGAGGCUGGCUUCCUCAUUGGCCAGUGGUACCUCUACGGCUUUUCCAUGGUGCCCCGUUACGUGUGUAAGAGGGACCCUUGUCCUCAUCAAGUGGACUGCUUCAUCUCCCGCCCUACUGAGAAGAGCAUCUUCAUCAUUUUCAUGCUGGUGAUGGGCCUCAUCUCCUUAAUCCUGAACCUCCUGGAGCUCUUCCACCUCUGCUGCAAGAACCUGCUUAGCAACAUCAAGAAGGUGUCAGUGCCGACCAGCCCAACCCGGGACGCCUUUGUCGACGACAUGGUCUCUGGCCCCUACCCGCCCAAGCACUACCCCUUCCUCCCCAUGGGCGAGAGCCACACGUCGCCGUACCAGGCCUACAACAAGCUCUCCAGUGAGCAGAACUGGGCCAACUUCAACAACGAGGAGAACCUGGCCAUGAGCAGCGGCAGCAGGCCCCUGUCGGACCCUUACGCCGCGAGGGCCGCCGAAGCCCUGGCCCCUGAGAAGCAGUGCAGCCGGCCCAGCAGCUCGGCCUCGAAAAAGCAGUACGUCUAGCGGCGGGCCGGCGGGCGAGGGGUCCCUCCGGCUCGCGGAAGCGCCGGAGCCGCCCACCCUGGACCAGGGCGCUGCGCUGCCGGGCCGAGGCCGCUCGCUCCUCCGCCGCUGCGAGAGACUUUGGGGCGCGAUGCUUUGCUCUGGGACACGGUGCUUCAGGGACGCGGCUGAGCACAUCCGUGCCCCGAGGGCAGAGCCUUUUCUCUCUUCCUUUUUUUUUUUUUUUUUCCCAUGUAUACUGUAAACAAGGAAACUACGGAGAAACUUCCCCGGGGCUGUGUCGGGAGGAUCCUCUGGGAGGAUCGGCUGUGGGAAGCAGUUUGCCUCUGGCCCCACGGAGCCCUCGGCCGGUGAUGCACCACCUAACGGGUCGCGGUCGCUGGCCGUACCCAUCGUCCGCUAGCCCAGCGCCACGCUGGCACCAGCACGGUGUUCGCAGGGCUGCAACGCGGGGAGGGCUCGCAGAGACACUGGCCCCGAGUGGGACAAACCGCGGCAGCGGGUGGCCCCGGGGACCCCGUCUCUGCAGGGCCGCCCGCUCCGCGCUCCUGGGAGCACGCGUGCUUCCCCCCCCCCCCCCCCCGCCCUGCCGCAUCCUGUCCCCGGGCCCUUUCCCAUGCGACGUGUGUCUCUAAGUUAUUUUUAACCUGCUGGCCUGACCAUGAAGUUUUCUGCCUUAAAGGUGCAGUCGUGCGGCGGGGCCCGGGCAGGAGCAGAGCGCUGUGUCCCACCGUGGCCCCCGAGCCCCGUGGGCGAGGAUCUGGCCUGGCAACUGCUGGUUUGGUGGUGGUGGGGGGGGGUUAUGGUUUUUUAUGACUUUGCACAAGUCAUCUGCCGCCACCGAGGUGGGGCGGGAGCCUGCCCCGCGCCUUUCCCGGGCCCCGUGAGGCCCGGAGAGGCGACGCGGGAUCAGCGCGUCGCUCCUCGGUGCUGUUUUGUAUUUUCUUUCCCUCCCCCCUGCAGACUCAGAAUGGUGCAAAUCGUUAAAUAAAGUGGAAUGAACGAAAA